AAACCGUUUUUGAAAAGUGUAAAAAAUUAUUUUUAAAUUUAAAAAAUAUUGGACAAGAAUUGGCAUUAAAACUGUGCGUUCGCAUAGAGUUUUGAACAAAAACAUAAAUAACCAAAACGGUUUUUUCGAUUCGAAAUUUCUGUGCUGAAAUUUUGGCGUAAAACUACUUAAAAUCCGGAAAUUCUACAAUAGCAGCUCCAAACAUCCAACAAACAACACAAGAAAGCAACAUCAACCGCCACCAAAUCACCCAAACAUAAGAAUUAAAAUUCAUCAAUGAAGCAGCAUUGAAUGUGAAUGUUCUUCGUCCAUUAACCGUUAGCAACAUUAUUGUGUUAUAAUCCAGAUCCAAAUAAAGGAUAUCAUACAGAACAGAAGCUCUGUCCACAGCGAGCGUUAUUGACAGGGUCUCUGAGUUAAUCUCCAGGAACUUGUAGCUGCUGCUCGCUACUUUUACACCCGACCAUCUCCAAUCACUGCCACUGCCACUAAAGGUGAAUAGUUAACAAAUAAACUGCGCACGUUAUAACGACAACUACAGCAACAAUUAUUACCCCAAGUAGUUGCUGUUAGAGCUGUCCAAUUUCCAACAAGUAAAGUAUCAAUCGAUUUGAGCUUUUGAACCCAAAAAUUACAAAAUCAUUAAAAUCCAAACUAUUCGUGCACCACAGCAGUACACAUCAUAAUGUCUAUAGUGCGUACGACCACCACCGAACCCGUGGAGGAGGAGAAGCCACAUCCGCGCUGGUUCGACUGGGUCGAAAAGAAUUCACUGCCUAAACAUUUCGACUUUCCCCGGCCAAGGCGCGAAGUGACGCGCUGGCAGAAACGCGGUCCAAUGACACGUCGUGAUUGGGUGCGCUUCUAUCGUUGGGCUUCCAAGAAUGCCACACCACGUGAUAUACCACCGCCACAUUGCUCGGAUAAGCCACCUGCCAAAGAGGAGGAGGGAAAGAAAAAGAAGGAGAAGAAAAAGAAAACCUAUACACUCGCCGAACUGCUGGAGCAUGCUGCGCAGAUGAGUGAGCCGCGGGAAGUACGUGAAAAGUAUGUAUUUCCACCGGAACCUGACUAUCCAUACGCGCCGAAAAUCUCACUAAAGGAACCGCCAAAGAAAGAUCCUGGUCGCCCAUUUCAACCGAUUAAAGUACCCAAGUGGUUUUAUCAUCUCGAAAACGAGUUAGAAUUCUGGUCAACACUACGCUUUCCCAUAAUACGUGGUGCACUCAACUACAAGCCGACAGCGAACAUGCUGCGGUUGGCGCUACCGCGUAUGGUGCCGCCCGUACGGCAACAUUGCCCCAUACCCGAACCACCAGUGGAGUAUGUGGCGCCUCGUCGACGCAUGACCUAUCGGCAAUGGCGCGAGCAUCUGAGACGGCUUGAGUAUCUCGCAAAGCCUACAGCGAGGCCCUAUUAUGUCGAAGUGUAUAAUUACGUAUAUUAGCGUCUUUAGUUUAGGCCGUGGUGAUUAGUUUAUAGUCCUAUAGUUAAGUAAUUUUUUCCUCUCAAAUAUUUAUUUCUUGUUCGAACGAUCUGGCGGCGGUAAGGAAAAGUAGGCUUCCAAUUAAUUUUGCUUGCAAUUGUGGAUUAAGAAAAAUAUUGCAAAAUAUGUGUGUCGUGUUGAAGGUAGGUUGGGCUGUGGGUCAGAUACUUUCCCAAAAAGUCGUCCGCUCUUUGCACCCUUUUGCUUCAAUAUGUGCGCUGCUAUUGUGAACCAUUUUUUAGAUUGAAUAUACUCGAAUGUAGUUUUCAUUAUCAUGAAUUUGGUACAAAUUAUAUACAAUAUAUUUCUAGAAAAAUUA